AUGGCAUGGUCACUUUUUUCUCGAGAUAGGGAGGAACCCCGGUCUGACUCCAAGGAGAGUCUGUUGGCUGAGUAUCCUCGCGAUAGCUGUCCUCAAUGUGAAGCCUACAAGCGGCUUCGUCUCCUCGCUAAUGUCUUCAAAACAUUAUCGGGUGUUUUAAGCAUUUUGUGUAUCGGCCUCGCGGUAGCAUUCGCCAAUUCAAGGAACCGGGUUUCAGUAGGAUAUUGGAACCCAACAGACCUGAAAACCGUUCAAAACGAGGUGCCGGCCGUUUCAAAACAGGUCCGGUUCUCAGCCGGCCUCAAAUACAACGAGAGCCAUGAGCUGGUUCGCACCAGCAGUUCGGGUUGCAAAGAAUAUGUCGGGGACCCAUCGCCAGAGCUUGAGCGUGCGUGGGAAGAGCUAAUGGGAGCUGUCAACAUCUUCAUUACCGCUGCAGAGGAGCCUGGUCUGGGGGGAGGCCUAUACAUGGACCCUGCCACCAACCUGUACAUGGCAGAACCGACUGUAUUUCAUGAUCUCCAUUGUUUAAAUAUGAUCCGCCAAAACCUGUACUAUUACUGGGACUAUUAUCCACACAACAACCGAUCCAUCCUCAAGCCGCAUCUGGAUCACUGUAUUGACAGUAUUCGGCAAAGUAUAAUGUGUACUGGUGACAUGACCAUGGCUCCGAUCAUCUGGGAUUUCAACAAAGGUCGAUUCAUUCCCGAUUUCGAGGUGCAUCACACGUGCAGAGACUACGACGCUUUAAAAGAGUGGACGUUACUGCGGGACUCAGAGCAUGAGGAGAGAUGGAGAGACAGUGCGGCUCGGUUACAUGCUAUGGGGUAUUGA